AUGAAAUUGUUUGCUAUGGAAUUUAUCAAUUAUCAUUUUCUUCUUCUUCUUCUUCUAAACAACAAUUACUUUCCUACUGGUCCAACAAUGGGUCUUAUAUUCUUUUUAUUUGUUUAUGUUCUAGGUGGGUUGACAUUCCUACCGGGUAUUCUUAUACUAUACAUCUAUGUUAAACCAAAAGUGGAGACAAGUUAUUUACAAGAUAAGGACACCGAGGCAGAUUCAUUGAAAGCUGGAGAAUUGGAAGAAAAUCAUCAAUCUGGAUUGGAGACUUAUAAAAGUGGAUGGAUAUUUGUUACAAGAGAUUACAUUGAAAGUCCAGAUGAAAUCAAUUCAAGUACUCAACUGAUUACUGAAUCAAAUGAUAAUAAAUCAGCUUAUUCAGCUUUAUAUAAAUUAGUUAAAGAUCUGGCCACUAAAAAAUCAAAAGAUCAUGACAAUUCAAAAGAAAAUCGUCUGCUUGAUGAUUUAGAUAGUAGCGAUGAUGUCAAUAAAGAUACAUUUGUAUUACAUAAGGAUUCUGGUAAUGAUACCCAUGCACAACAACAACAACAUAGUCAUGCUAAUCAAUCUCAAAAACAAACCAUCAGAUCAUCACAAAAGAAACAUCGCUAUUUUGCUGUAUUGAAACAUGGGAAUUUAUUCUUAUAUAAAGAUCAAACUUUAAAAGAUGUUAAACAUGUCAUUGUAUUGGCAAAUUAUUUCGCCACACUAUGGCCCCGUGAUUUAACUGAUGCUCAAUUAUUCACUAAAUAUUCAGCAAUUGCAUUGAUAAAUCCAAAUAAAUUGAUGCAAGAGAAUCAUGCAAACGGCCAGCAACAACCAGGAUCGUCUUCAUCUCCUGGAUCUUCAGAUUCUUCACGUAAUGAAUUCCCAAACAAUCAAAAUAUGAUUGCCCCACGCGGAUCAUUUUUCAUUUAUUGUGAUAUUUGUUCAGAAAAGGAGGAUUGGUUCUUUGCUUUAAUUAGAGCCAUGAAAUUGGAAAAAUCCGAAUUACCUGAUAUAUUGAGUCCAACCAAAUUUGCUAAAACUUUACAUUUUGAAACAAAGGAAAUGAUUAAUUUAAUUCAGACUUUAUAUAGUUCUGAAGGUCAAUUACAAACUAAAUGGAUAAAUGCAAUUAUAGGAAGAUGGUUUUUAUCAAUGAAAAAUACUAAACAAUUUGAAGAUUAUGUUUAUAAGAAAUUGAGUAAAAAAUUAAACAAGAUUAAAACACCAGGGUUUUUUGAUCAAUUUCAAAUAACUGAUAUUCAACCAGGUAAUCUGGCACCUUUUUUCACAUAUCCAAAUUUAAAAGAAAUAAAUCCAGAUGGUACAGUUUUAGUGUCUAGUUAUGUUACAUAUACUGGAGGAUUAUCUGUUACAAUUGCAACUAAAGUUGAUUUAACAUUUGGUACGAAAUUUACUACUAAAGAAGUUGAUUUGGUAUUGAAAAUAACAUUGGCUAAGUUGGAAGGGCCUAUGUUGUUUAAAUUAAAACCUCCUCCAAGUGGUAGAUUUUGGUAUUGUUAUGAAAUUGAUCCAGUUAUGAAUUUUAAAAUUGAACCUUUGUUAAGUUCUAGAACUUUGAAUUUUAAUUUCAUUACCAAUUCAAUUGAAAAAAAAUUCAAGGAAGCCAUUAAAGAAAGUUUGGUUUUACCUCAUUGGGAUGAUAUUGUAUUUUUUGAUAGUUCAGAUCAAUUAUAUCGUGCUGGUAUUUGGGAAGAACCUAAAUUGGAUGAUGACGAACUUUCAGGAAAUCAAACAGAUGGCACUACAGAAGCUGAUGCCAAUUCAGAUAUUAAUUCAUUAGAUAAAUAUGAAGAUAUUGAAACAAAAUCUGAAUUAUCUUUUAGUUCAAGAUCAUUAAGAAAUUCUAAAUUUUCAAGUACAUUAACUGAUUUAAGUAAAAGAAUGAAAAAGAAACCAUCUUCAUCUACUUUGGAUGAUCAAAUGACUACCACUACCACCACCACUACUACUAGUAGUUCCAAUAAUCUAGGACCUACUACAUCCAAUGCUGGAUCUACAAUAAUGUCCAAUACAUUUAAAAAAAUUGGUAAAUGGUAUUUUAAAGAUGAUCAUGGUAAUAAACAACCUCAAGAAGAAAAACCAUAUACUCCACCAGAAAUGAUAUCAAGUAGAAGACAACCAAGAAAAUCAUCAAAUUCUUUGGAACCUAUGCAAAAUUCAACAUCAACGGAUGAAAAUGUUAAUAUUAAUCCACCAUAUAACAAUACUAAUCCAUUAACAAAUCAUAUGAGUUCAACUGCAACAGCAGCAGCAACAGCAGCUAUUGCAGCAUCAUCUUCAGGAUCUUCAAAAAAUUCAUCAUCAACAGCAUUAAAUCAAACUCCAUCUUAUAAUUUUAGUAAAUUGGAUAAUAAUGAUAAUUUUAAUCUUUUUAGUACUUCUUAUAAAGAUGAUAUAUCAACAAAGGGAAUCCAACCUACAAAAAACCAACAACAUCAACAACAACAACAACAAAUUUCUAGAUCUUCUUCAAUAACUGGAGUUUUACCAUCACAAUCACAACCUCCAUUGCCACCAAGAAAUCUUUCAGUUACUUCUACUAGUCCAGGAAUAGGUGGAUGUGGUGGUGUUAUUCCACCUCCAUUACCACCACGUGAAAUUUCAGAUAAUAUGUCAAUAAGAAGUGAAUUAUUAGUUGCUGAACCAACAGUUGGAAUUUCACAACCUGCAACUCCAAAUAGAUCUAAAACUGUUCAUAGAAAAGCACCACCAAAAUCACCAUCUUUAAAAACAGAAGAAGAAGAAAAAAUCACACGUGAUGAAUUCUAA